CUCCAAUAUUAUUUAAAGAUGACCGUCUAGCAUAUUUACUGCGACCCUACUGUAUCUUGGCAACGUGACUCGUAAAUAUUUGGAGGGAGGUUAGGAACCGUCAAAAAUACCGAAAAGCAGACAUUAAAUUCGCCAGGUCUUGCAUGAAUACAACUCUAUCAUGACGACGGUACUUCCUCAAAAGCCACAAGGCACAUAUACGUUUGCCAGUCAGCCUCGCGCAGUCCAACAACGGAAAAAGUACAGAGAUGCCAACCCGAUCGACCAGAGUCAAGGCCCUCCACAAUAUGGAAACAUCAUGUACGACCGGCGUAUCGUGCGUGGAAACACAUAUGCUCAGCACACACUUCCAGCACAUGCACAGCCAGAUCCUAUUGAAAUUCAAAGACAACAGGAGAAUCGUCGUCGUGCAAUAGCUAGAAAAAGGGCAAAGGAGCAGCUCCGUCCACGAUCCCCCGAUCCCGUGGAGGGACGAAAACACAUCGAUGUACAAACAGAGCUAUAUCUAGAAGAACUCAGUGACCGCGUGGAAGAGGCUGACGUUGAGGUUCAAACAGAUGCCUUCCUCGAUAGGCCUCCUUCACCCAUGUAUGUCCCUGCUAAAACAGGAGUGGACAUUACCACACAAAUCUUAGAAGGGGAUCUUUUCGACUUUGAUAUUGAAGUGAAGCCUAUUCUAGAGGUAUUAGUUGGUAAGACGGUAGAACAAGCCUUACUGGAGGUGAUGGAGGAGGAGGAACUAGCCAAUCUCCGAUCACAACAGCGUGCCUUUGAGGAGCUGAGGAAUGCGGAGCUGGUGGAACAACAGAGGCUUGAGGAGCAAGAGAGGAGACAUCGCGAGGAGAAGGAGAGAAGGAUGAAACAACAACGAGAAAUUGUGAAAAAGGAGAAGGAGACCUCAGACAAAAUUGCUGCCCGCGCCUUUGCUCAAAGUUACCUCGCCGAUCUGGUGCCUACUGUGUUUGGGACACUGUCAGACAAUGGCUACUUUUAUGAUCCCGUUGAAAGAGACAUUGAGCAGGGUUUCAUGCCGUGGUUGAUCGACCAGGUACAAGUACAACUACAGAAAUCUCAACUUGGCCGACUGGUGCUGGACGGAAUCAUCAGGGAUGUGAUGAACCAGAGGAUAGACGCCUACAGCCGGACCUCCACAUCAGGGGGCGGGGCCACUAGUGGGGCGAAAGUGAGUGACAGCAAGUCUGCUGACGGCUCCAAUAAUGCUGCUCCCCCACAGGACCCCUCCACCGCCACAACAUCAGAGGGCGAAAAGAAGGAGGAAAGUAAAGCACCUGAAAAGACGGAGGAACCCUCAGGGAAAACAGAAGGCGGAGAAGAAACAGGGGGUGGGGAUGACUAGACCCGGGGUCAGGAUUAGGGAGGAGCAGUCAUUAUCUGGACCACCAACAAAGAACUUGCGAGGGGAUCCACUACACAAACUGUUAAACAUAAUGAGAGUGCGUGGCACAAACAAUAUUGAUAUUAGUUUAAUAUACACAUUUGAAAUGAAGAAAAAUGUACUCUUUGAACAUAUUUCAGAACAUUUACAAAGUAAAGUACUACAUGAUCUCUUGGAAAUAAUGGUUGCUCCAUGUUAAGUAUUAUGAAAACAAAUUUGGAUCAUAUUACCUUCUAGUUCAUAUUGUCUGUGAUCAAAAUGUACAUAUAAAUAUAUAAUUGAAUAUACUAGUUAUUAUAAAUCACAAAACAGAACUACCCAAGGGAGAUAAUUUCAAGAAUGAAAUAAUAUGUUGUAAUGAGUUUUCUCCUUUGUGUAUUGUCUAUUUGGUGAUUGGUUUGUUAAAACUUUUUUCUCUCCCGAGUAAACAAAUUUGUAUGUGAUAUAUCUAUUGCUAAAUUUUUGCUUUGAAUGAAAAGUGUCUACAGUUCCAUUAGAAGAAUACUGAAAUUUUUUACUCUGUUGUUUAAGAUUAAACGAUAAAAAAUGGAA